UCGUUUGUAAAGCGUUCCUGCCUUGCUUGCGGAUUAAUUUGGAUAAAUUCACUAAAUUACUUUUAUAUUUCCAUAAACCAACCAUGUCUCGCAAGGAAGCCCUCUCGCAGUUCAUCAACCAGAUCCACGGCCGGCCGGUGGUGGUCAAGCUGAACAGUGGUGUCGAUUACCGUGGUGUCCUAGCCUGCCUGGACGGUUACAUGAACAUUGCCCUGGACCAAACGGAAGAGUACGUCAACGGUCAGCUGAAGAACAAGUACGGCGAUGCGUUCAUCCGUGGUAACAACGUUCUGUACAUUUCCACGCAAAAACGGCGGGUUUAGUAGAAUAGAUCGGAUUUUCCAAUUAAUUUGAAUAAAAGUUUGAUACAGUAAAAAAAA